AUGAGUGACGGGCCCACGGAGAAUAGUUCUGUCCAUCCCCGAUUGCUUCAACCUCAUCUCUCUGUCUACCUGGGAGCUUUCUUCCACCCUUCCACCACAUCCCGCUCCUGUUCGACCGUCGUGCCGGUUGCCCAACGCUUCCAAGCUCGAGUCUCGUUUCGUCUCUUCCAUUCGAUCUUCGUCUCAUACCGACCCCGUCUUCUCCCGUCUGUCUGGUGGAGCUGCACUUUCCCCAGCGUUAGGCCCGAUAAGACCUCGCUCACUCCGCCCGAUCUGAAGCGUUUCCUCGCCUCGUUUCCCUUUCCAGCGGAUAUCGUCAAGAACCCUUGCACUUCGUCUCGAUCACAUCCAGUACAUCCAGUAUUACCCCCCCGAGCUCAGGGCAGGAGCCGGGCGGAAAGGGCAGAUUGGAACAUAGUCGAUCUGGCAGACGCCCCUCCUUUUCACUCGCCCUCGUCCGCGGCCGCCGACCUCCCUAACGCGUCCAUCCCAUCCGACCCGAUCCUCUCCCGUCCAAACGCCGGUUCGCCCGUCGACAGCAUCCCGCCCUCACCACAGCGAGACACUCUCAGCAGCGACCGCCGUUCCGGUCUCGCCGAGCGUUCAUCAGCGUCUACCCGUCGCCGUCGUCACAGUCCAUCCGAUACGCUUGAUUCCUAUACGUACGGGACAGGAGGUCGUGCGGGAGGUCACACGGCGGCAAGCGAAAUCAGCUCUCAAGACCAACCGUCCCAGUUCGGCCCCUCAGUAGAGGGCCACCCUCCGUUCUCCAAGCGCAGGCGCCUGGCAAAUAUGCGACCAGAUGGAAUCUCGAGUACGAAUAACUUCUCGCAGCUCUCGAAGGGCGGGGCCGCCUCGCCCGCUCAGAAGGCGGCCCUGUCUCGAGCUCUGAACGGCCAGGCUUCGUAUUCUGGUUCGAAUGGCGAGAUGAAGGUGGAUGGGUUCCAGAAGCCUUCGAAAACUUCUUCAUAUUUCAACCAUGAUCGUGAAGAAGUGACCAGAAUCCUUAUUCAGAGUCUCUACGAGCUAGGUUACAGUAAUUCGGCCGCAUUAUUGAGCAAGGAGAGCGGCUACCAACUUGAGAGUCCAGCGGUUGCAAUUUUCAGAAAUGCAGUGCUCGAGGGACGCUGGGCUGAGGCCGAACGCAUACUGGUACAAUCAUUUCAGGAACAGGGCCAGGAAGAAACCGCGAGCAAGGAGAAGUUGGCACUGGUUGAGAACGCCGAGAAGAGUGAAAUGCUGUUCUAUCUCCGGCAGCAGAAGUUCCUAGAGCUCCUUGAUGCUCGAGAUCUUGGAGCGGCAUUAAUGGUGCUCCGCCAUGAGCUUACGCCUUUGAACUACGAUGUUGGACGUUUGCACGCUCUUUCCAGUACCCCAGUUUACUUAUGUGUCCUCCGGAACAUCUUCAUGACCAAGCCAGCUGGGACGGUCCCGUCAGCUUCUCGAGGGAAAGAUUGCUAUCUGAGUUGUCAAUCUCCAUCUCUCUACUCGGAUCACAUGUGCGACCGGGAUGAUUUUCCUCUUGGCACGAAACUGGAGCUCAAUAAACAUACCGAUGAGGUCUGGCAUUGUCAAUUUUCCCACGACGGUACGAAAUUGGUCACGGCGGGCCGGGACAGUAAUGUAAUCAUUUACGACACAAGCACCUUCUCUGUGCUUUAUAUCCUAGGAGAACACAAAAACGGGGUCGCCCAUGCUGUUUGGAGCCCAGAUGAUACCAAGUUGAUCACUUGCUCUCGUGAUUCAACAGCUCGUGUUUGGAGCACAGAGACCGGAAGAUGUCUCCUCACUAUCAACAAACACCAAGAGCCAGUGACCGCAGCCGUUUGGGCUCCUGACGGCGAAUCGUUCGUCACAGCCUCCCUCGACGUGAACUCCCAGCUAUGCCACUGGAACAUGCGCGGCGAGAGUUUGUAUAUGUGGCACGGCGGCUUCCGAGUUUACGAUUGUGCAAUCACACCCGACGGCCGGCGCCUGAUUGCUGUGGACGUUGAGAGGAAGAUUCGCGUGUACAACUUCCACACCCACGAGGAAGAAUAUAUUCUUCCCUUGAAGAGCAAGGCAACUUCCGUUGUUGUCAGCAGAGAUUCGCGCCACAUGCUUGUAAAUUUGACCGAAUGCCAGAUUCAAUUGAUAGACAUCGAAACGAGUGAAGUCAUACGUCGCUUCCAAGGUCAGAAGCAGAGUACGUUUAUCAUCCGGAGUACAUUUGGGGGCGCCGCAGAAAACUUUGUCGUUAGUGGCAGUGAAGAAAACGGGACACUGGUUGAGACUCUCGAAGGACAUCUAGAAGGAUGUGUAAACGCCAUUUCAUGGAACCCUGCAGAUCCUGGCAUGUUCGCAUCAGCGGGUGACGACUGCUUGGUUAAAAUCUGGACUCGAGAGCGCGAUGCCCAUCCCAACAGUGUGCCUGGGAAACGGCGAGCGGUGUCUGGGAACGGCUAUGCACGGACGAGUGCAUUGCGGUCGACAUCAGGUUUCUGAUCGCCCGUCCAAACCCCGUAUAUUCGCUAAAUUC